CCUACUAAAAUGAAUAAGGUUCGAUAUCAUCAAAGAGCAAUUAAACAAUUAUAUCUCGCUUACGCACCUCGAAUCAGUUCACUGUUCGUCCGAAAUUAUUGUAUAGAAGGAAAAAGUGACGAAACUAUAACAAAUGCGAAGGGACAAGACAAUACUGACCAAGAUUUAGAAACUAUUGAUUCCAAAUUAAUUGCUCAAUCGAUUGAUAAUAUUGAAAUUGAGAAGAAUUUAGUGGUUCCAAAACGCAAUACUUUCACUUGGUUACUUCGACAUUCGAAAUUUAUAGACCUAGGAGAUCCUGAAGAAAAAGUAGUUGUGGGAGAAAUUUUUCACAUUGUUGAUAAUGACUUAUACAUUGACUUUGGAUGGAAAUUUCAUUGUGUUUGCCCAAGGCCUCACAAAAAUUCUAUUCAAUAUAUCAGAGGUUCGCAGGUUAAAUUGUUAAUAAAGAAUUUAGAAUUGUCUUCGCGAUUUUUAGGAGCAUCUUCUGAUUUAACACUCUUAGAAGCAGAUUGCGUUCUUCUUGGUUUAGCACAAUCUCCACCGAAAUUACAGUAAAACUAUAAUUACGUUUAUUUUGUACAAUAAUAUAGCAUAAAUAAAUAAAAGAAUGCUUCAUUUGA